GAUCAACACGACAUGGUAGCAGUUUGACGUGGGUGCGAUCGCCUUUCUGAGGAGCUUUUCUGAGCAGCUUUACUUGGAUCGUUUCUUCAUCGUGUUAUUCCCGAGCCCGCAAACCUUGGGGCAAUUUGCAACAGAAUCUUGAAUAUAAGGGCACAAACUGUGGCGCGAAACUCUGAAACUCUCAGUCACCACUGAAACCAGGAGACAUCACAACUGCCGGCUUUUAACCUUUCUUCUCCAUCUCUCGCUUUCGUUUGUUCCCAUCACAUUAGCCUCGUGUCUUGACAUCGAAGCUUCAAAAUGCCGGCUCCGACGGAAUGGCUAAAGGUUCAUGCUGCUCCGAUUGGAGCAACUGUGCAGGGCGAAGACUAUGACAGAGACGACGUGGAUUAUCUGAUUGCCUAUCUUGAAGGAAAUAUAACGGCUGAGGAGGCUGCGCUGUCCAUAACCGAAGAUUUGGUCAACGAGAUUAAACCACCUACUGAACUAUACCGCUUUAUGGGAUUGCUUUGCGAAGCCCUGGUAGAAUUGAAAAACGACCGAGAAAGGCUGCUGGAGCUCCUUGAAGCCAUCAAGAGAAUUGCGCCUGAAGAGAUCAACUGGUCUGCUCUACCGGGACUUCUUCCCAUGUGGAGCGACCUAUAUCGGCUCCAUACCCGUGGUCCCAAUGGCUGGGAGGUAAUAGGAGAGCCGCUACCCGACACCAAGAAAGUUGAGCUGCGCCGGCGUUAUGCAGAAAUCGGCACGGUCGAAGCCACGCUAUACGUUCGAGGACUCGGCGGCGUAACGGAGAAUUGGGGGUAUGAGCUGUUGAAUUUGGCCUGCUUGAGACGUCCAGGCCUUGACGUUGUCAUCGGCGAGAUACACGCAUGGCUUACUGUUGCCGGGGCAAGGCUGCUAAAAGAUUUGGAUCCAGAUGAAGUGAGGAACUGGCCUAGGCCGGUGGUGGGAGGGCAGCCCGGGCAGCGGCUUUCGGUUGAGGCGACAAUGGCACAACAUUGGGAGGCUUGGAGACGAUCGCUGUUGCAAGUUAGCGAAGAGAAAGAUUUCCUGACUGAUGAGGCAAAACGGCUUGCAAGAGAGUGCCAUGUGAUGAUGCAAAGGCCAGGUCAGGCACGAUAAUGAUCAAUGCUAAUAGAUGAGGUGGAUAACUUGAUAUAAACGCACAGACACAGGACAUGGAAGGAGAGUAGAGACAAUCUAAUAAUGGCUGCUUGAAAAAGGAAAAUGAAAAUAAAAGCUAGAUUAAUUCAUCAUACACACACACACACACACACACAUAUAUAUAUAUAUAUAUGAUCUUGCUUGAUGCGGGCUACUGCCAAGUAUAGAGCUGG